UUUAACCGUCAGGUUGGCUUGUGCGCACAUGAAUACUUAGUAAAUUCCACACUUCAGUUCCUACGAUAUGUCGCUAAAAUAUUCGCUAACUUUUUCACUAUUAGCAUGGCUUGUUUUGGCAGCCGCUGCAGAGGUCAAUACGCAAACGGAGAAUACAGAUGACAACAUAGAGUCGUCGAAAGAUAAGUAUGAUUUAGAAAUUGAUUUCGAUGACUUUAGUUUCCGAAAAGAAGUUACUGAGGACUCAUUUCUGGCAGGAUACAUAAGUACAAAUUUUAAAGACGCGGACUCGUCUUCGUUAUGGAUAUAUAGAGCGGAUAAGAAUGGUUUUUUAGUAAAGAUUUCCUACCGAAUUAAUCUUGAAAUUGAUUUGCGAAUAGGCGGUCCACCAAUUCAAUCAUUAAGCCCAAAACUUUUACGAACAACUGUUGGUUGAAUAUUAAUCAAAAAUAGUUUAUUGAAAAUAAAUAAA